AUGUCCAACAAGGAAGGCGGAACCCAAGAACGCCAAUGCAGACACCAACAAGCGAGCCAACACCGCGAAGCACUAUUUACGUUGGCUUGGGAAGCGUUCGAGCUCCAGCAGCUCCAGCUCCAGCAGCACAAGCACCGCGAGCCCCGCACCUUCCCCAGCCUGCGAGGAAGCGCCGCCGGUCCACGGCCCUCCGGCACGGCAUCCUUUCGGACCAAGGGGCCGGCAGCUCCGAGAAGCCUUCGCCAGCUUAGACGCUUACGAUGCCUGCGCCGUGCUGCGCCAGCCUUGCCGCACCUUCCGGAUGCCUCCACCUUUUCUCAAAGGGCCUCUCCGACAAGCCAUCGCCGGCCAUCCGAGCCCUUUGCCCCGCUUGAUUCCAACAUCUUGCAGUGGUCACCCGAAACGCCCCUUACACUGCCCCGCGGGCCACCAUCAUCUCUAACUUGCGGCGUGCCGCCCCCGGGCCGUCGGGCUACACCGCCGAUAUCAUGCGUGCUUUGCUCGACGACGCUGCCGGCGUCGAAUCCCUCCAUGGUGUCGCCGAACUCCUUGCUCGAGCCGAGCUGCCAGCCUCUGCGGCCUCAGCGCUCGGUCUGGGGCGCCUUGUCGCGCAUUGUUGUUGGCGACUUCCUACGGAGGUUGGUUGCGCACUCCCUGGCACAGCAGUUUGCCCCCACAUUCGAGGCUGCCACCAACCCCCACCAGUAUGCCCUCUCCACCCGUGCCGGCUCAGAAGCACUCGUGCACUCCUUGCAGGCCGCUUGCGACGGCGACCCCUCGCUCACCGUGCUCUCCGUCCACGGGGUCGGGGCCUUCGACUUGAUCAGCAGGCAAGCCAUGCUCACAGCCUUUCGUAACGCGUCCAACGCCAAUGCCAUCCUGCCAUUCGUAAGGCUGUUCCACGGCUCGCCCUCCGAGUUCGUAUGGACUGACUCUGCCAGCAACCCCCACCGCGUUUUGCAGGCCGAAGGCGGUGAGCAGGGUGAUCUGCUCAUGCCGGCCCUCUUCGCGCUCGGCUCGGCGUUGCGCCCGCCUUGCGUGCUGUGCAAGCCGACCUCCUCCCCCAGGAGAGCGGCCCGCGAGAGCGACUUCUGCGACCAGCUCUUGCAACAACUCGCAGGUCCCGCAUGCCACAUUCGUUGCCUCGCGUCGCUCCAAGGUGCUGCAGUCGUCCGGACCAACCAUGGUCUCACUGUGCCGGCGUAG